AGGCGGCUGGGCCCCGGAGCGCGGCCGGGGCUGUGGGCGCACAGGGUUAAGCCGAGCCUGGGCUCGCGGCAACGGCAUUGUGUGAGAGGCGCAAACACGCGGCGCCACCCGCCCGCGAGCGCGGCUCUCGCCCCAUUCAUUCCUGCGCCCGCCCGGCCGCGCCUCCGGAGUGUGAGUUCACCGUGCUUCGAGGGUGCCCCGGAGCCGGGUGGCCCGAAACCCCCUCACCCGGAGCCGGGCGGGACCGGCGCCUUCUCCUGCGCUUUCUCCCUACGCGAGUCCGGAGGGUGACAAUUCUAGAGGAAGUCGGCCGGGAAAUAGCGGUGCCUCGGGAGCCGGACUUCCCCGUAGGGCUGAGGAGGCGUCUUGCGAGGAAAGGACCUCAUUGGUUUCCAUCCAAACCCUUCCUUGUCGAAGUGCUGAUACCGACUUUCCCCAAACUAAAAUGGCUUCAGAAUUCCCAUCUGUAACUUGCUUGGCUCGCUUGCCUGCCCUUUCUCAGGCAGAUUGGUUUCUUGAAAUGGUUUUGGAAGGUUUGUGCCUGUGCUGUACAGUUGCAGGUUUUCCCCUGAAAUCCUUGCUCACCCCAAAACUGUUUUUGUUAACGACGGUUUGGAUUACUGCCCAAACUGGGGCAUUGUAAAAUUUAUUUUAAAUGAGUGAUGUCCUUCCCUGGGGAUGAAAAGCUCUAUAAAUGCGAAUUAUGUUCUUAAUCAUAAACUUUAUAGGGGAAACUGACCCUAAAACUCGGGGUGUCUUGUUCUGUGCCCAGUAAAGUAUCGAUCUGGAGGUUUGUAAAUCUCAGCAGCGCAUGGUUUCUGCUUUCAGCCGGAAGUUCUGGAAACUUACAGCGGUACCCAGUACCAAAAGCGCUGGUGUGGUGCGGGGUUUAAUUUGUUUUAGCUCUGCAGUGAAAUGGUAAUGAGCAGCAGCGUAUUUUGUCAGUGAUGUGUGCACUGAUUUGUUGGGCUGGAUGUCUGCUUUCUAGGAAAUAGCACUGCAUUAAAACAUCAGAGAACUUUUCAAGUGCUCCCCUGAAGAGUACAGCCCUUAAGGUGUUAAACAGCCAUUCACGAUUUUCAUGUUAUGCCCUUCGGCACAGCCUCCUGUGAGUUUGGGAUUGUGUUCUAUACUUCUGGCUCAGAGAGAGAUGGCUUUAUCUAAAAUUAGGAUUUAGCACUCUAAGGAAUUUUGUCAAAUGCAUUUGCGUACAUGUCAUUUUCCUGCAAUUUGUAUCAGGCUUUUAUUUUUCUGUGUGAGAUAGCAAAACACAUGAAAAGAUUUUACAGAGAAAUUACUUUGGCCAAGAACUCCACUUUCCAAACCGCAAGUGCUUCCAGGGUGACAAGGAGGUGGCCAGCAGAGCGACUCUUACAGGACGCACCCUGGAGGAACGCCUGGGACCACUGCCCAGUGCCACGGCCAUGAGCAAAGCCUACCGCAGAUGUCAGGUCUGCCCUAGGCAUGUGUGAUGGAAUAAUCUGUUUACAGUGACUUUACCCAGGCUUGCGCAUCACUGUGAUGGACCAGGUGGAUCGGAAGUAGAGAGCCCAGCUGACGGUGAGACAGGGAGGGAGGGGCUGAAUUGCGCGGCGUGCAGGCGUGCGGGCCCCAGAACCAUGUCUACGCGGGAGUCCUUUAACCCGGAGAGCUGUGAAUUGGACAAAAGCUUCCGGCUAACCCGAUUCACUGAGCUGAAGGGCACAGGCUGCAAAGUGCCCCAGGAUGUGCUGCAGAAGCUGCUGGAGCCCCUACAGGAGAACCACUUCCAAGAGGAUGAGCGGUUUCUGGGCGCCGUCAUGCCGAGACUUGGCAUUGGAAUGGAUACUUGCGUCAUUCCUUUGAGGCACGGUGGUCUUUCCUUGGUUCAAACCACGGAUUACAUUUAUCCUAUUGUAGACGACCCUUACAUGAUGGGCAGGAUAGCGUGUGCCAAUGUCCUCAGUGACCUGUAUGCAAUGGGGGUCACAGAAUGUGACAAUAUGCUGAUGCUCCUUGGAGUCAGUAACAAAAUGACCGACAGGGAAAGGGAUAAAGUGAUGCCCCUGAUUAUACAGGGUUUUAAAGACGCUGCAGAGGAAGCGGGAACAUCUGUAACAGGUGGCCAGACUGUGUUAAACCCCUGGAUUGUCCUGGGUGGAGUUGCCACAACUGUCUGCCAGCCCAAUGAAUUCAUCAUGCCAGACAACGCAGUCCCCGGAGACGUACUUGUGCUGACAAAGCCCCUGGGGACGCAGGUGGCCGUGGCUGUGCACCAGUGGCUGGAUAUUCCUGAGAAAUGGAAUAAAAUUAAGCUAGUGGUCACCCAGGAGGACGUGGAGUUGGCAUACCAGGAAGCCAUGAUGAACAUGGCCCGGCUCAACAGAACAGCUGCAGGACUCAUGCACACAUUCAACGCCCACGCGGCCACUGACAUCACGGGCUUUGGGAUUCUGGGCCACGCACAGAACCUGGCCAAGCAGCAGAGGAACGAGGUGUCCUUUGUGAUUCACAAUCUUCCUGUGCUGGCGAAGAUGGCUGCUGUGAGCAAGGCCUGUGGAAACAUGUUCGGCCUCAUGCAUGGGACCUGCCCGGAGACGUCAGGAGGCCUGCUAAUCUGUUUACCACGGGAGCAAGCAGCUCGGUUCUGUGCAGAGAUAAAGUCCCCCAAGUAUGGUGAAGGCCACCAAGCAUGGAUUAUUGGGAUUGUCGAGAAGGGCAACCGCACGGCCAGAAUCAUAGACAAGCCACGGAUCAUCGAAGUCGCACCACAAGUGGCCACUCAAAAUGUGAAUCCCACACCCGGUGCUACCUCUUAAUCUAGACAGAGAUAGCCAUUUGGUUUUGUUUUCAAAUAGAUCUAUUUCCUUUAUCAUAACUUCAAUUAAAGACUACAGUAUAAGCAACAACAAAAAUCUCAUUGUGUCUACGCAUCUGGUGACCUUAGGUCGGUUUGUGAGUGGAUGCAAUUAAUAAAAUGAAAUCCUUGGCCUUCUUUCCCUGUUACGUUGCCUGAAGAUGCACCUGCUCUCGAGGCAGCUUCUGAAUUGAGGAUUAUAUUGUUAUCCAAUGCUGUUGAUUCAUUUUGAAUCUUAGACAUGUAUCUCUUGCCGCAUAGGCUCUUCCUAAAGGUGCUUUCCCACAGCACAGACGUUACUGAGAGUAAUGUCACAUAGCAGUUUGUGUCUUUCAUUUUGUGUGUAUUUAUCAUAUCAGUUUGGCCUUUUUUUAAAGCAUCUUAGAUGGUGUUCUGGAAAGACGGAAUUGGUAAGUGGCACGCUGGUCUCCCACAGUACGAGCGUUGCAUGAUCCCUUUGCCUUUGCGUCUUUGAUUUGUAAAGCCGAGUCUGGGAAUUCAGGAGCAUCUCCCACCCAGCAGGACAUUCUCCACUCGUGUGAUCAGGGCAGCAAGACAAGUGCUUCACUGCAUGGAAAGCACUUGGAAGGCAAAAAGAAAUUUUCUUUCUUUUUCUUUUUUUUGUAGCCUUUCUGGUAUUUACAGUAAUAUCAUUAACUGUUUUCUUUACUGAUAGCAGAGAAUACUUUUUGCAAUGUAACUAGAUGUUCUAUAGUGCAGCAAGGAAUUGCCUUCUGAUAAGGGGUUCAUGUAUAGUACUCAUUUACAAUUCAAUAUAUGAUUAACUACGCAAAUAAUUUUUAAAUAUAAUCAGUAAUGAAGACUUCUGUGGCUGGUAGUGUUUAAUACAUUCUAUAUUUUAUAUAGUGAUUUCUGCCUAAUUCUUAGCACUGUUUUGCUCUUUGCGCCAGUACUUUCUUGUGCACGCUUUUUGUGAUCUGUGUUAAAAAUCUGCGUUGCCAACAUUGCAGCUAUGACUUAAACUUGUUACCCAAAUAAAUAUUUAAUUUUUUAAUUGCUCUUGUAUAAUCAGAUGCCCCUUUUAGUAUUAUUUUAGAAGCAUUGGGAGGGUUUUGCCUAAAAGUACAAUUUAUUGGGGAAAACUAGAUUUUAGUUUUAUAAAACUUUUAAGUCUUUCAUGGGACCUAUAUUUUCUUGAAUUAAAUUUUGUAGUUCUAGAACAAAUAGGUGAUCUAAAAGUGUUAUCUGUGUUACUUAAAGACAGAGGCUUCCUUACAUUUUAACCUACUAAGCAGUCAGAGAGCCCCAUGGCUAAGCACAAGGGCACAGAGUCCUCCGGUGACCGUCUUCAUAGAAGAAGUCUGCAUCCCUGCAGCUUGGGGCUGCUCCCCGCUUACAGGCACCAGAGACACACAAGCCCACUCAUCCUUGUGCCACAGGAAACCGCCGCGCUCCCUGCAGGGAGAGCUGUGGCAGGCACAUUCAUAUGUGUGCAGCUGGACGGGCCCCAGUCUGGAGGCAGCAUAGAGGGGCUGCCCCAGGACUGGCAGGGAUUGGCCCUUUCAUAGGAAUUUAUACAGAUGUUGGUCCUCAGAACCCACACACCAGUGGUCUACAAAAUAAAAUGUGUUGGAAACCUCUGAGUAUGAAAAAUAUACCGUUGGGCUCUAAAAAAAACGAUGAUGGUUGAAUCUGAACAGUAGUAGAUUUUACCCGAAAUGCUAGUGUUUUCCUUGGUGGCAGGUCUGUUGAGAGGAAGUAAACUAAACAGGUUAUGCCCUUGAAGCCAUCUUUGUAAAGAUACCAAUUCAUAGACAAUAUGAGGACCACAGGUCUGUGCAGUUCUCAUGAUCCCAGGAAGAACUUGAGAGUGGUAUUUUCAGAGUGCUCCUGGUACUCCUACCCAACCCCCGGGGAUGUUUGUCAGAAGGGACUUCCUGCCCUUUCCCCAGAGGCACAGAAUCGGCUUCUGGGAUCUGGGCUGACUUAAAUGUAUGUACAGGGCUACACUUGCUAGAGUUUGAGAACCACUCCACAAAAGCAUUGUUCCAGAGGGGAGGCAGGGAAAGGAAGUGGACUUGGUUUUGCAAACUACUUUUCCGGUUUUUCUUUUAAAUCGUGACAGUUCUAUUUAUUUCUCCUGUCUGAGCUAUGGCCCAGCAAGGGAGUUGAGAAAAGACGUAACUUGAAAAUUCCUUGAGUCAGGUGAUGUGAGUUCUUGACAAAGUCUAUGGAAAACAUUGUAGAAUUCAAUGAACAAUUAAUAUACAGCUGUUUUGACUUGCUGGUAGCUAAUACUUUAAAACUUCACAUUGAAGUGUGUUCAUCUUGGUAUACUAAUAAAUUUUGUGUAAAUCCUAUGAUAUAGUGGCAUCCAAAACUAGAGUCUGUUAGAAUAUACAGGAUUAGUGAACAGAGCCUGAAGUAGCUGGACCCGAUGCAGUUGGUUUCUUCCAGGCCCCACAUUGUUUGCAAAGGAAUAUUUCAGCUUAGCUGGUUAUUUACAUGGGCUAUGUUGAAGCCUUGUGUUCAGUUUAAGAAAAAUUUAAGUAUUGUGUAAGCAAUAACGUUCCUUUUCUUCUUGGCUCAGUAUUUUAGGACAACUUUGUAGUCUUCCAAGUUCUGCAUGCUUUAUAAUGAAUAAAUGUGUUUUAAAUUAUUCUGAUUAUAGAUUUAUGAGCCAGCCAUUUUCAGUCUGAAUUUAGCAUUGCCUUUAACAAUUAUAUCUGAGUUCUCGAUCUUAGUUUUAUUCUAUAGAGACCAAAAUAAUGGCUAUAUCACAUUCUUUAUUUUGGGAGUAGCAAAACAAAUACAGACUGGAGGUUUCCCAGAGGUGUGUGUACUCACAUCCGCGUCUGCCUGGGCUCCUCAUUCCCACCUCCUGCCCCCCAGAUUAGACAGUUUGGUAGACAGUUCACUUCCAUUAGUCAUUGUACCUUUUCUCAUUAAGAAUCUACAUACGAAUCAUGCAAUUAUUAACCAUGCCAGGGACAAUGAAAAUCUAAAGUCCAGGGGAAAAGCAGUAUGGGAGUAUUGUUUUUGCCUUUGUUUAAAUUGUUUACCUUGAAUAAGAUUAGAGAUGAGUGGAUUAGCAGGCUUUCAUCAAGUAGAAUGUUUGGUAAAACAGUGCUCGUGGGCCUUUAGGCAUGAUCCAGAAUUCCUGGAGCCUGCAGUUUGCUGUGGAUGCCAAAUAUGUUGGUCUGAUCAUUGGAGCUUGAAGCUGUUCUCUGUAGGAUGUUCUGUAUUUCAUAGUUUCCAGUAUCAAACUCUGAACACACAGUUUAGCCAUGAUCCAGAAUUCCUGGAGCCUGCAGUUUGCUGUAGAUGCCAAAUAUGUUGGUCUGAUCAUUGGGGCUUGAAGCUGUUCUCUGUAGGAUGUCCUGUAUUUCACAGUUUCCAAUAUCAUACUCUGAACACACAGUUGAUGUUCUGAAUAACGUUUUAUUGUAUCCUGGGCUACAUAGUCCAAGGCCAGCUUAAACUGCAUAGUGAGACCCUGUCUCAAAAAACAAAAAAAUCAGAACACGAAGAAGCUAAUCUAACUUGUAUUUCCGUCGUAUACAUAUAUGUAUUUUUAUAAAAUAACAUUGAACAUCAGCAUCAGAUACCAGAUUUUUAAUGACAGGAAACAUCUUCAUAAAAUUAUCUCCAUUUCAGAGUUAGGACAUGAUUAUCCAAAAUAUACCUAAAGAACAAAAAAUAUCCCCAAAUAAAGACCAAAUUUUAUUCAUGUACCUUUUUUUUUUUUUUUUUGGUACCAGGGAUCGAACUCGGGUCCCUGAGCUUGCAAGACAGGUGGCGGAACCACUGAGCUAAAUCCCCAGCCCUAAAGACAAAAUUUUAAAUUGCAAUCUAACUGUGUAUCAAGGACCCAGAAAAUAUUUAAACUUUUUAUUCUGACAUUUCUAAGAUUUUUAAGAAAAUAAUCUGAAAAAAAAUUUAAAACUGCUUGUGAUCACCACAAAUGCACGAAUGAGGGGAAAAUUAAUGACAUUUCAUUCAAUAAAAUGACUCGGGCAUUAAAAAUAGGGACAAUAGUAUUGACAUUGCUAUAAUAAGAUAUUACAAUGAGGUAAAGACACUAUAUGUAAAAAAGAGACUGGAAAGAAAUUCACUCCCACCAAAUUUUUAACGAUAAUUCCUAUUAUGUACAGGUACAAAUUCCCCAUGAUGAAUGCGAUCACUAUGUGUGACAAAGGUACUAAUAAAAAAGUUAAAAUCAUAAAGGGGGAUACUCUAAAGAAAAAGCAGUGAUUGCUUUUCAAGGUGUUCUGGAUUUUGAAAAAUUCCUUCUAUUUCUAUGAUUUUUUAUGGUAAACAUACACAGCUUUUCUGAUGGGAAAUCAGCAUAUUUUACAUUUUCAGUUGUCUAGUCAAUAUAGUCUCAGAAGUAAUCAAAGUAACAAAAAUCCAAGUAAGUACAGAGCAUAGCCACAAACUCAAAUCACUCAAUCCAUAAGAUUGGCAUUGUGGCUAUAUGAAAAUAUUUAUGAAGUUCACGGUCUUCCCCUUUAAAGAUGACUUAAGGUGAUAAACCUGUUGGGCAUGUAAUCUCAGCAAUUUGGAAGGCUGAGGCAGGAGGACUGAUUGGCCUAGGAGUUGACAACCAACCUGUGCAACAUAGUAAGACCUUAUUUCCAAGGAAAGGGAUAUAUAUGGAUAGUCACCAGAAAUGCUAACAUCAAUAUAACAACUUAAAUAUGAUAUAUCAUGCUUGGAUUUUUUUUUCCUGUGCUAGGAAUCGAACUCAGGAUCUUGCACUUGCCAGGCUAGUGUAGUACCACUGAGCUAAACCCGCAGCCCUUGUAUCAUGGUUGGAUUUUCAAGAAUCAGAUUAUGUAUUUUCUAUUGUUUUUUUUUCUAAAUUACUACAGUUCUUACAGGAAAAGUCAAGAUCUUCAAAAUUUUCCACAUUUGUACUAAUUAGAACAAAUCUUGGAAAGAGGAUUUGAAUACUGAAUUGUAAUCAGGCAACACGUUGUAUUAUAUGUUAUUACCACUGAUGAGAAAAGCAAAACUUAACACAAAACCUAAGUCUUGAGUGUUAGAUAAAACUCUAAAGCCUGUAACUACUGCUCUGGGUCACCGUCCCUGAAUCUUGCCCCUCCCCGUGGCAGCUGUUCUUUGCCCUGACAAAUCUGUUCCUAUGGAUAAUGGUUUUGCUAAUCCUGUUUCUAUGGGAGCCUGUUUCUCCACUGAACCAAGGACACCCAGAUGUGCUGUUAGAAACUGUCACUGCUUAAAUAAUUGCCUUUGUUCUGCUUCUGUAUAAAAAGAAUUAUGUAACCCCCACUCAGGGCUCAGAAUUUGGGGUCACGAGCUCCUCUGGGCCCGCUGGCAUAAUAAAACCUUGGUUACCCUCCA